AUGCGCCGGAUACGGCAAGCUCUUUCAAGAAUGGGCGGCAAAAGCAGCAAGCCGUCCUCGCAGACGGUGCCGGAGAAGUCGCAGCGGGUGCAGCAGCUCCGCGACGGCUUGGGCCCGCACCAGCAGCACCUCAACGGCGGGAUGAACGGCACGGCGAACGGCAGCACGGCGAUGCUGUCCCGCAGCGCGACCACGACGCGGCGGUCGCUGGCGAUGGACCUGGAGCCGGACGGACCGGGGGUGAUGAUCAUGCACGACGGCAGCCGCGAGGGCGGGCGCGGGCUCAGCACGGCAAACACCAACACGACGGGCAACAGCAUGGCCAGCAGCGGGUCGGGCGAGAACAAGGACAAGGGCAUCGACAUCGUGCUGGUGCACGGGUUCGGCGGAGGCCGCACGCGCAGCUGGACGCAGGACGGGGUCUGCUGGCCCCGCGACCUGCUGCCGCGGGAGCUGCCGGCCAACACGAGGGUCAUCAGCUGGGGGUGGCGGGUGCCGGAGAACGUGGCGGUGGUGGGCGAGGCCGGCGGCUACGGGCAGCUGUGCGACAUGGUCAGCGACCAGCUGUCGAUGGACCUGGCGCGGGUGGACGGCGAGGCGGAGCGCGACCUCAUCUUCAUCGCGCACGGCAUCGGCGGGCUCAUCGUCAAGGACGCGCUGUCCACCACGGCCGUGUCGCAGGUGUUUGGCAAGCGGAGCGAGCUGGGCAGCAUCUACCCGCGCACCGUCGGCGUCAUCUUCCUGGGCACGCCGCAAAAGGGCCACGGCCGCCAGACGCUGGCCCAGUGCGCCGCCAUCGCGGCCAGGCUGGACUCGGCGGGCGGUGCCGGCGGCGCCGGCGGCGGGCAUAUGGACGACGCCUUCUUCCGCAUCAUGGCCGACAGCAACGACGCGCUCGAGACGCACAGGGGCGAGUUUGCCCUCAUCUCGCGCGACCUGCCCGUCGUGUGCGUGCGGGAGCAGCUGACCACGGCCGUGAGGGGCGUCGACAUGCUGCCCAAGAACUGCGCCUCCUACGAGGGCCUCAACGUCACCACCGACGACAUCUUCAGGGACCACAACGGCCUGGCCAAGUACAGCGACAGACAGGACCCUGGAUACUUUCAGCUGGUGGGACACAUCAGCAAGCUGACGAGGCGGACGAGGUUCCAGGACACCGAGGCUGGCAUGAUUAGGAGCAAGGAAAUCCUCGACGCUCUCCACUACGACAUGCGUGAAAACGAAAACAAGGCCAACGAGGAGCUCAAGCAAACUUCGGCCUGGAUCCUUUCGGCCAAGGACACGCAGGGCAGCGGAGCAGGCGACAACGUGCCCAACGCCUUCAACAACUGGCUCGAGGACCCCAACCAGUCCAUCUUCUGGAUCAGCGGCAACCCGGGAUCGGGCAAGACGACGCUGAUGCGACACGCGUUCCACGACCCGUCGACGCGUGAAAAGCUCCAACGCUGGGCGUCGAGCGCCAUCGAGGGCGAGACCAACGUCCGGCGGCGGGACAAGCCGGAGCUCCUCAUGGCGGCCGUGUUCCUGUUCGAGGCGGGCAGCUACGUGCAAAAAUCCCGAGAGGGCAUCCUCAGGGGCAUGCUGUACCAGAUCCUGACGCAGAAGCCCGAGUUCAUCCCCGUGUGCUUCCCGUCCUUCAUGCAGGGCCCCUGGCCGCCGCGGGUGCCCUUCAACACCACGGUCAACCUGUCGCAGGCCUUCUACCAGCUGUUUGCGCGCAUGUCCAAGACGCUGAGGCUGUGCAUGUUUAUCGACGGCCUGGACGAGUACCGCCUGGCCGAGGGUGCGCAGGACCAGCAGGACGACCCCAAUAACCAGCAGCCGCAGCAGCACCAGCAGAACGGCAAAAAGGUCCACAAGAGGAGCAGCCGCUACUCGGUCGACGAGCUGGCAAACGACACGUCGACCCUGGCCGUCAGCGAGUACGGCAGCGUCAGCGAGCAGGCCACCAGCGUCGACGAGCGCGGCGACGUCCUGGGCAACGCGGCCUGGAUCGCCGACUCGCACAGCGAGAUCGCGCGGCUGAUCAUGGACCUGAGCAACCAGGACCACGUCAAGCUGUGCGUGGCCAGCCGGGAGCUGCCGCCGUUCGAGGAGGCCUUUGCCGGGGUGCCGCGGCUGCGCGUGCACACGCAGACCGAGAAGCUCAUCUCGCAGUACUGCGCCGACCGGCUGGACAAGGUGGCGCCGGGACUGUCGCAGGGCCAGCGGCCGCUCUGCGACGAGGUGGCGCGCAAGUCCAGGGGCGACAUACUCUGGGCCAGGCUGGCCAUCGACAUGCUGAUGGAGGGCAGCCUGCGCAAGCUCAUGGCCACGCUCGAGUCGCUGCCCUCGCAGCUCGGCGGGCCCAACGGCCUGUACAUGCGCAUCAUCCAGGCGCUGGACAGGGACGAGCAGCGCGAGGCGGCGCGCAUCUUCCACCUCAUCCUGCGCGCCGUCGACCCCCCCAACCUCAUCAUGCUGGCCUUUGCCGACGAGGGCUUCAUGGCCGGCCCGGAGCUGCAGGCCAAGGACCCGGGCGUGGGCCGGCUCAUCGUCGACCACGACCGCGCCCACCCCUACACGCGCGCCGACAUGGCCGCCAUCACGUCGCGCAUGCAGUCGCGCCUGACCACGUCGUGCGCCGACCUGCUCGAGACCACCGACAAGGGCAACCGCGUCGUCUUCAUGCACCUGACCGCCAAGGAGUUCGUGCUGCGGUCCAGCGUCUGGAAGAAGGUCAAGGCCCCGGUGCCUUCGUCGGUCGACCUCGACGUCUCGCUCAUGUCGGGCACCAUCCGCUACCUCAAGUGCUUCUCGACCCUGCGCCUCGUCGUCACGAACCGGCCCCGCCUGCAGUUCACCCCGGAGGCCUGGCUGCUCGUGUCGCACGUGCUCCGCUACGCCGCCCGCGUCGACGAGCGCCUCGUCGCCGCCGGGGACCCGGACUGCUCGCGCGAGACCUACGUCGCCCUGCUCGACGAGCUGGACCGCACCUUCCAGGAGGCCUGGCAGACCGCCGUCAAGGAGCACGUCCCCGCCCGCGACGACGUCGGCUGGUACCGGGACCGCUACCGCCCGCUCAUGGCCUCGCACUGGUCCGACUACGAGCCCAUGGAGCUGGGGCCCAGCCCGCGCCGCGCCGGCUUCCUGUCCCUCGCCCUGCAGGCCAACCUGCUGGGCUACGUCUCCUACAAGCUCUCGCUCGUCGCCGACGACAAGGCCCGCGCCUCGCUCGCCAUGGACCUGCUCGAGUACGCCGUCAGCCCCGAGGGUGACUCGCGCACCGUCGACGGCGGGCCCAGCGUCAGCGCCUCGGGCGCCGUCACCGGAACCUACCGCGACUUCCACCACGACAUGCCCGACGGCCGCUUCGUGCCGCUGCUGCUGGAGGCCGCCGGCGGUCCCCCGAGCGCCGAGGGAGCCGACGCCGCCGCCGCCGCCGCCGCCGCCGAGGGGGGAGACGGCGAGGGCCAAGACGGCAGCGGUGGCGGCGGCGGCGGCGACGAUGCCGUCUCCACCGCGCCGACCGAGGUGGUCGAGUCGGCGGACCUCGAGGCGCAGAGGCGUCUCGUGUGGACGCAGGCGCUCAAGGCCGGGCGGCAGUUCUUCCACCACCGCGGCUCUUCGUCGGUCCUCAAUAUGACGCCCGAGUCCACCACGACCCUGGCCCGGAACAGGGGCCGCUGGGUCGCCGCCAUCAAGGCCCUGCUGUCCACCGGCUGGGCCGACCCGCACAUCCAGAUCCCCGCCUUUGGCAUCGGCGGCGGCAUGGACGACGCCGGCAUGGGCGUCGGCGGCGAGCUCAAGACCGCCGCCGAGGUCAUCAAGGACACCCUCGAGGGCGAGGUCGAGUUCCAGCGCGAGCUCAUCAUGAUCGAGGCCUUGAUCGUCAAGGUGUCGCAGGCCCAGAGCCACAGGACCCCGGGGAGGGCGCUGUGA